CCGAGAGAUCAAGCCACAGAGAGCACAGAGCAACCACACGAGCAAUCAUGGGUGACGAGCAGCUGACCGAGGAGCAGAUCGCCGAGUUCAAGGAGGCCUUCUCGCUGUUCGACAAGGACGGCGACGGCACCAUCACCACCAAGGAGCUGGGCACCGUGAUGCGCUCGCUCGGCCAGAACCCGACCGAGGCGGAGCUGCAGGACAUGAUCAACGAGGUGGACGCCGACGGCAACGGCACGAUCGACUUCCCCGAGUUCUGCACGCUGAUGGCGCGCAAGAUGAAGGACACCGACUCGGAGGAGGAGCUCAAGGAGGCGUUCCGCGUGUUCGACAAGGACGGCAACGGCUUCAUCUCCGCCGCCGAGCUGCGCCACAUCAUGACCAACCUCGGCGAGAAGCUGACCGACGAGGAGGUGGACGAGAUGCUGCGCGAGGCCGACAUCGAUGGCGACGGCCAGAUCAACUACGAGGAGUUUGUCAAGGUCAUGAUGGCCAAGUAGGCUCCUCCUCGGGUCUCUCGCCGGCAGCAGCGGGCGCGCGCAGUGCGCGGCGCGCCCAGACAUCAAGUCGAGUAUGGGUUCCGUGUGAGGGCGGGGUAGGUGCGCGCGUGCGCGUCUUGAGUUUAGCCUCGGACCGUGUCGCGGACCGCGGACGCUUUUCUUCUACGUACAGGGAGUUCCAAACCGAGAGCAUCCCAGUGGCGCGAUC